UGUGAUUUACUCACGACUGGACACUGUGUAGUGCUGAUAUACUUUUGUCAGCGACGGGUUGAUGAUGACUACUCGAAUUUAGUCAGAAGUCAUGAUCUGGUGGCCGCCGAGGCAUGUACUGACAGCGUUGGCCCCUCAAGCUUCUACCUACACGAACUGUCCACGUUUCCUCUUGUUUUGUUCCACAAGACUGGCGUU